AUGGUCGAGGAAAACGAUCAGCAUUAUGGAAGAACAUCGAAUAAGAACGUUUUGUUAAAGAUUGUGAUCCUUGGAGACGGUGGAGUCGGAAAGUCAUGUUUAAUGAGUAGAUUUAUAUCUAAUCACUUUGACGAUCAUAAUUUCCACACGAUAGGAGUCGAAUUUAUGAAUAAAAUGUUAGAUGUUAAUGGAAAACAAUACACAUUGCAGAUUUGGGACACUGCUGGCCAAGAAAGAUUUAAAUCUCUUAGAACCCCAUUCUAUCGUGGAACUGAUAUAUGCAUUUUAGCGUAUGCUAUUGAUGACCGCAGUUCCUUUAAUAAUAUUAAAACAUGGUUGAAUGAGUUUUUACACUAUGCUGGAGUAAAAAAUGGAAUUGAAAAGUUUCCUUUUGUUGUUGUUGGCAAUAAGUCAGAUGUAUCUUCAAAAGACCGAGAAGUUUCUCACGAUCAAUUGAAACAAUGGUGUGAGCAAAAUAAAAUUGGCACCUAUAUAGAGACAUCGGCCAAGACUGAUAAUAAUGUUGUGGAAGCAUUUUCUGUGGCCGUACAAAGAUGGGCAAAUCUCGAAGAAAAGGCCGAGAGAGAGCUCCGCAUGUUACAUCAUCCAGACACUGUUACUUUACAUGGAUCGGCGCCAUCUGGCGGCCUCCGAGCGACUUGCUGCUCCCGUUUUACGGAUUGA